AUGAGCAAAUUGCUGCAAAACUUCAAUGUCGCUGGGACCACGCUCUUCUUUCACAUCCUGACGAGCGAACAGCAGCUUGCCGUGCCGCACCUCUCGGUGCGCGACCUCCGAUGGAUUGACUGGUCUGCCCUGAAAGCUGCGGGCUUCAAGGCGUGCGUGUUUGAUAAGGACAACACGCUGUGCGAGCCUUUUGCAGUCGACAUCGAUCAGAAGCUUCGCGGAUCCGUGGAGGCGUGCAGGGCGGCGUUUGGCGGGAAGCUAGCCAUCUACAGCAACUCGGCCGGGCUGCAGCAGUACGAUCCAAAGGGUGAGGAGGCGGAGGCGCUGGAGGCGGCGUUCGACAUCCAUUGCCUGCGUCACCGGGACAAGAAGCCGGCCGGCAGCUGCGACGAGCUGGAGGCCCAUUUUGGGUGCGAGUUGCUGGGUUGA